AUGGACGACGACCGCCCAACAACUCAUCCUGGUCUCUUUGGCAAACUCUGGAGACCAACUCCAAGCCCGCCUGGCUUUGCAGCAGGUGCUGUGAUCCCUGAAAUUCACGCAAAGCCUUGGUCCAUUAUCACCUUUGGUUGGCUUUCGCCCAUCCUCCGCGUUGGGUUUUCGCGUCCUCUCGAAGUCGACGACCUCUGGGUGCUAGAUGACCCCCGACUGAGCGAAAAUCUGGGAGCCCGGCUUGAACGAAACUUUUACGAACGCUGUCCGCCAGAGAAACGACCGAGACAUAUCCAGGAGCAAGGUAUUCUCUCUGCCCGGGACGAGAGAUUUGGCGCUAGGGGCGAGCGCAGCAGUGAAACCUCCGAGAAAGAAUCACCGGAAGAAAUUGAACACGGCCUCACACCCGAAGAGGAAAAGAGACGCAAAAAGGCCUAUGAUGAGGCACUCGUCUUCGCUCUCGAGAAGACAUUCCGAUACAAGUUUUGGAUGGGCGGCAUAGUUCAACUGAUUGGAGACUCCCUAUCUACGACGUCACCUCUUGUCACAAAGGCGCUCCUCCAAUUCCUCGUCGACUCGUAUCUACAUGCACGUUACCCUGCCGUGUAUCCAAAAGGUCCUCCCAUAGGCAAAGGCAUUGGCCUCGCAUUUGGCCUGUUCCUAAUGCAACAGGGUGCUAGCGUAGCCCACAACUAUGGCAUCGCUCAAACGAUGACUGUUGGUUUACUCAUUCGGUCCACUAUUAUCGGCCAGAUAUUCCGCAAGUCUCUGCGACUUUCCGGACGGGCACGCGUGGAGCAUAGUACCGGAAAGAUUACUACCAUGCUGUCUACAGACACGACUCGCCUCGACUUUGCCCUUGGAUUCUGCCACAGUCUUUGGAUUUCCCCUUUGAUGAUCAUUCUUGCAUUAGGUCUCCUCAUUGGUAACCUGGGAUACUCUGCACUUGUCUCCGUCGGUGUUCUUCUCCUAGGAUUCCCCGCACAGGGUAUCGUCGUGAAAUUCCUCUUCAACGCACGAAAAGACGGCAUUGUCAUUACCGACUCUCGUGUCCGUCUACUUCAAGAGAUCAUCCAAGGUAUUCGUCUAGUCAAGAUCUACGCCUGGGAAACUCUCUAUGGUCACAAGGUUGAUAUACUGCGUCGUGAUGAACUCAAAAAAGUCCGAACUACAUCAGUGCUACGUUCGACCUUGAUCUCGUUGACAUCCUUCAUUCCUAUUCUCGCUGCCAUUCUUGCAUUUAUCACGUACAGCCUCACUGGUCAUCCAUUGGAUCCCGCCAUCAUCUUCUCAUCAUUACAGAUGCUCAAUGUGUUGCGCAUGCCUCUCAUUAUGCUUCCUUUCAUCUUCUCACUCAGUGCCGACGGUCUCGUCUCACUCAAGCGUAUUGGCGCAUUCCUCACAGCCGAGGAACUAUCACCGGCCUUUCCCAUCGACUCGUCCUACAAAUUUGCCGUGGAUAUUACCGACGGAAGCUUUACAUGGGAAGUCGCCGACCCAGCUAAAGCCAAAGGCGAGCCCGGGCCAGGCAAAAAGGGUGGUGCCGACAAGAAAAAGGAAGAUGCAAAGGCAAAAGACGAGAAGAAGAAACAGAGCAAGAAGAGCAAGAAAGCCGAACAACAGGCCAAAAAGGAUCAAUCAUCUGGCGAGCCCUCUCCUUCUGGAACGAUUAUCAAUGAGCCAAAGGAGGGCAAGGAGAUUUUCAAGCUCAAGAAUAUCAAUAUGCAUAUUGCCAAAGGACAGUUCAUUGGUAUCGUCGGCAAAGUUGGCAGCGGCAAGAGUAGUCUUCUCAAUGCGUUGAUUGGGGAGAUGAGGAAGACGAAUGGCAGCGUAUCGUUCAACGGCACGAUUGCAUAUACGCCACAAAACCCAUGGCUCGCGAACGCAACUGUGCGCGACAAUAUUCUCUUUGGAAAUCCAUACGAUGAAGCGAGGUUCCGAGACGUCGUCCGCGCAUGCUCACUCGAACCCGACUUUGAAAUGCUUCCUCAAGGUGAACAAACGGAAAUUGGCGAAAAGGGUAUCAACCUCAGCGGUGGUCAAAAGGCUCGCGUCAGUCUGGCGCGUGUUGCAUAUUCAAAAGCAGACGUUGUAUUCUUGGACGACCCGCUCUCUGCCGUGGACGCACAUGUCGGCAAGAGUAUCCUCGAAGAUUGUCUCACUAGAGGUCCCCUCGCUGGACGUACACGCAUCCUCGUUACCCAUGCGCUCUCGGCCUUGCCCAGAGUGGACCACAUUUACGUUCUGGAUAAAGGCGAAAUUGUUGAGCACGGUACUUAUCAGGACCUGAUCGAGCAUGGCCCUGUGUUCUCCAAGCUCAUAGCCGAGUAUGGUGGUACUGAAGCCACAGAAGAGAAAGAAAAGGAGGAAGUGGAAGCCAAGGAGCAAAAAGCCGAAAGGAUCGCAACAGGUCAGAUUCAAUGGUAUAUCUACGGUCUCUAUAUUACCGCAGCUGGAGGCUUCAUUCUCACGGGUCUCAUCAUCUUGAUGCUUCUUGCGGAACAAGCGGCACAGAUUGUGACAACACUAUUCCUUGGAUGGUGGACAAGUCGUUCGAUUCGUGGGUUUGGCGACAAGGAAUAUAUGGCGCUCUACGCAGGUAUUGGUGGUGUUCAGGCUGUCAUCGCAUUCUUGAGCUCCUUUGCGUUUGCACUCGCCGGGCUGAGAGCCAGUCGCGUGCUUUUCCGCACGGCUUUAACAGCGCUUAUGCGUUCGCCAGUGUCGUUCUACGAUACAACUCCUGUGGGUCGCAUUCUUUCACGUCUCAGUCGUGAUAUCGAAUCGUUGGACAACCAACUGCCCAGUGCACUUUUUCAGCUUAUGCGCAUGUUGGCUGCGGUCCUUGGUGCAAUUGCUCUUAUCUUCUACACUUUCCCGUAUCUUGGCAUCGCGAUUCCCUUCCUGUUCAUCCUUUACUAUAUUGCGUCUGCGUUCUACCGCCGAACCUCGAUUGAGACGAAGCGUCUUGACUCUGUGCUGCGUUCGGCCUUGUACUCUUCUCUCGGAGAGGCACUCACUGGCCUAUCAACCAUCCACGCAUGGAGAACACAGGACCGCUAUAUCAAAGUCGUCGACGCGGCUAUCGACAACCAGAAUCGCGCGUAUAUUGUAUCCGUGCUGAUCCAGCGAUGGCUCGCAAUGCGUCUUGACUUUAUUGCGAAUCUGCUCAUCCUCGGUAUCGGUCUCUUUGCUGUCGGCACUGGAGUGGUGCUCUCGUACACCCUUGCCAUCACUCAGACACUCUCUCAGAUGGUGACGCAGAUGGCGAGAUCCGAGCAAGAGAUGAAUGCCGUUGAGCGAUUGGACUACUAUGGAAAACUCCCACAAGAGGCACCACCGACGACAAAAGCGGAUCCAGACCAGAACUGGCCAGAUAAAGGCGCCAUCUCCUUCAACGACGUCAAGAUGGCGUAUCGCCCCGGUCUCCCUCUCGUCCUGCACGGUAUAACCUUUGACGUCAAGCCAGGAGAAAAGAUUGGAAUUUGUGGGCGUACCGGUGCCGGAAAGAGCUCAAUCCUUCAGGCUCUCUUCCGCAUUGUCGAGAUUGAAGGUGGGACUAUCGAGAUUGAUGGCGUGGAUACGAGAAAGAUUGGUUUGGACGUUUUGCGACGACAGAUGGCCGUUAUUCCACAGGACGCGCUUCUCUUCCAGGGUACCGUUCGCGAAAACAUCGAUCCACUCGGAAUGCGUACAGACGCAGAGCUUCUUUCUGCUCUACGUAGGGCCGGCUUGCUUGAUACGACGUCCGAGCCAGGUACCUCAGAUGCAGCUGAGGCGACAAAAGGUGGCGCGGAUGUAUCGCGCUUCGAACUCGGUGCACUCGUGAGUGAAGGAGGUACCAACUUUAGUGCGGGUGAACGUCAAUUGCUGGCCUUGUGUCGUGCCCUCGUCAAGGAGAGCAGGGUAAUUGUCAUGGAUGAGGCUACGUCCAAUGUCGAUGUCGAGACCGACGCAAAGAUCCAGAGGACGAUUCAGACAGAAUUUGCCAAGUGCACGCUGCUCUGCAUCGCGCACAGGCUUAAUACGAUUGUCUACUAUGACCGGAUCCUCGUCUUGGAUGCUGGACGGGUGGCCGAGUUUGACACGCCGCUGGGGCUUUAUGACCGAGAGGGAUCGAUCUUCCGAUCUCUCUGCUCAGAGGCAUCACUUAACCGACAAGACAUCAUCCGCAUUCGCAAAGCAGUUCAUCCUGACGAGCAGCUUGAAUGA